GGAGUGAUCGACGAAUGGGGAACAAGAAGAGGAGCGAGAAACGCGGAACGAGAGAAAUAGGACAGCAACAAGGACGGAGGGAAAACCUCGUCUCGUCGAUAGAAGAUCGGAAUUUCUUAGUAUUUUCAUCCGUUCAAAGCUUAAUUGUUCUCUUAAAGAAUCGACUGGCAGCUGAAUUGCGGCGGCAACAUGAGUGUCAUCAUCAGGCUGCAGAAUCUGCCGUGGUCGGCCAACGCGCUGGACAUCAGGCAGUUCUUCCAGGGUCUCGCCAUUCCUGAGGGCGGCGUGCACAUAGUUGGGGGAGAGAAUGGAGAUGCAUUCAUUGCAUUCAGCACUGACGAAGAUGCUCGCCAGGCUAUGAUGCACACCGGAGGCAAAAUUAAAGAGGUACAAGUAUCUCUUCUGCUCAGCAGCCGCACCGAAAUGCAGAAAGUCAUCGACACUGCCCGUCAAAAAGUCCUGGGUAUUCAGGCCGCAAGCCUCAUCGCUCCGGCCCAACCUGUUGCCCCAGUUCAGCAACCCAUUCAGCAGCCAGUAGUUCAGCAGCCUGUGGUUAAUCAGCCACCAGCAGCAGUAGUACCAAACAUCCCUAUUGUUUCCUCCCCUCAGAUGACCAUGCCUAUGCAGAGCAUGCCGUCGCAGCUUUCAAUACAGCAGCGCCUCCUGGGAAUGGUCGGCAUGGGAAUGGCCCAGUUGAACAAUUUGCCCAUGGGCAACACUCCACAAAACAACCAGCAAAUCAUGCACCCUCACAUGAUGUCCGCCCAUCAGCCACCACCUCACUUUCCUCACCAGCAGCCACCCCCACACCAUGCACUUCCAACUCAGCAGCCAAACAACCCAAUGAUGGCUCAGCAACACCACAAUCCAUUGAUGGUUCAGCAGCACCCUUCCCUACCAAAUCAACCCCUUCUGCAGAAUCAGCCCAACAAGCCCAUCGAACGCCGCACCAGCAGGGAUGCCAGAGGUGAAAAGAAGAGGUCCCGUUCUCGAUCGAGGGAUCGGAAACGCUCGAGGGACCGCAGAGACCGCAGUGGUGGAAGCAGUCGGAGGCGCCGCUCUCGCAGCCGGUCCCGAGAUCGAAAUCGCAGGCGCGACAGAAGCAGAAGUCGAGAAAAGUCAAAGGACAGGGGCUCAAACAGGGAGAGCAGAGACAGACGUCGCGAAGAGCGGAGCAAGGGUGGUAAGGAGGAAAAGAGCAGAGGCAAGGACGAACCCGCAAACAACGUGGCAAAGAACAACCAGCAAGCACCCACACCUUGGGCCACUCCGAAUGUGGGAGGCGCUGCUCCUGGCAUGCCAAUGAACAUGCCGCGCUUUCCUUUUCCGCAAAACAUGCAGGGUGACAUGGGAGUUUGGGGCCAGCAGAACAACUUCAACCCCCAGCAGGCUCAGAUGCAGCAGCAGAUGGCCUUCCCCCAGAACGGUGGCCCUCCGAUGAACCAGCAGAGGCGGCAAAAUUCUUGCGUCGAGAUGUCCAACAUGUCCAGUAUGGCCGGCUACCGGGACAUCCGCGAUUUCUUCCAAAAUCUGCAUGUGGUCAACAUCAAACUGGUCUGCGACGAGAAGGGCCAGAAGGUGGGCAAAGCGUUUGUCAAGUUUGGAACGCCAGAAUGCAAAGUGGCGGCUGUCAAAAUGAACGGAACCAUGUUCAAAGGUACCCAAAGGGUGGAGGUGAAGCCCUGCUCUGAGAAGGAUUACGAUCGAGCCCUAGACUCGUUUUCGCCAAACCAAGAGCCGGCAGUGGUUGCCAUCACCAACAUACCUCCCUAUGCAAACGAAGUGGACGUCAAGCGGGUGUUCCAUGGUGCUCGAAUAUUCAACGUUGUCCUCAUGCACCCCGGAGACGACACUGCCAUCCCUUCGGCCUUUGUUCAGUUUUCGACACAAAAUGAGAAAAGCCGAGCUGUGGCUGCGAGCGGAAAAUUGAAAAUUGACGGCAAAGAAAUUUACGUCACAGAGAGUUCGUUUGAGGACAUCUUCAGGGCGCAAAAGGCUGUGCAGAAUCAGGUGGUGGCAAGCAAGAGUGACACCACUCCUGCAACCCCCUCUCCCCAGAAGGAAUUAGUUAUCCCCCCAGGACCAGUUGUUUCUGAAUGCAUCCUGUUGCAAGACUUGCCCACGUCCGUCAACAACAGAGAAAUCCUCGACUUCUUCUCGGACGUUGGUCUCAUCCCCCUGCACAUUUACAUCAUGCAGGAUGACAAGGGUGCUCCAGUAGGGGACGCUUUUUGCGAGUUCCGCAAUCCGGCAGAAGGUGCUCGGGCCGUCGGCAAGAACAAGUCCACUCUGGGGAGCAAGGAGGUCAGCGUGCGGCCUGUGGCCCGGCAGGAGAUGGAAAUGGCCCUUGGCUUUGCAAAAAAUCCCAGCCAAAUGAUGCCUAGAAAUGGACAGGAGCACAUGAGGCCCCCGAUGAGACCCAACUUCAUGGGACGACCUCCAUUUGACCCUCGAAAUCCGCAAAUGUUUGGCCCCAGAGGACCGUUCCAGCGACCCCCUUUCCCUCCACACAUGAUGGGAAUGAGGCAAAGGCCACCUUUCAAUAUGUCCGGACCUCUCCCGCCUCAACAACAGGAGCCCGAGUUCGGCAAGCCUGGUUGUGUAGUGGAAGUGACCAAUGUGCCAUUUCAGGCAGAUAUUGAUGAGAUCUUGAGUUUUUUUGCCGACUUUGAUUUGACAAGACAGGACAUUAUCAGGAGGUACAAUGACAAUGGCAAGCCAACAGGGGACUUGCGAAUUUCGUUUCACACACCCCAAGAUGCCCAAAGGGCAUUGAUGCUCAAGUUCAAAAAAAUGAGAGACCGACAGAUCUUCAUUAACUUGCUGCAGGCGUAAAAUAAGUGUAAACUGAUUGUGAACUGUGUAGACUUUUUAUUUUUGUUUCAUUGAAUUCUGAAUUAAAAACCAACAAUGCAUAUAUAUUUAUAUGCGCAGAUCCUAGUUUUGUAUUAAUUAGGUUUACUAAUUAAUUAUUAUGCAAAUAAAUAUAAACGUACAAA